AUGACGUUUAUUGACAGAGGGGCUUUGUUAUCGUGCCGAUUAUUUUUCAGUUUUACAAGCCCAUUUACUAAAUUUUCGUGUUAUCGUGCAGCCAAAAUUCAUAUGGAUAUUAAAGAUGAAGUAAAAUCAAACAUGGAAAUCGUAAAUGUGCCACCUAUCAUAUCAACUUAUCGUCAAGCCCUACGAACCUUCGAUGACAAAUUCAAAAAUGAACUCUCGACCAAUUUAAAUAAAUUAAAAUCGAUGAUGGACAAGUUAAAAGCAGAAGAUUUAGGCUUCGACCAGACACUAGGGUCAUUGGAGUGGUGGCGAAAGCCAGAUAAAGCGCCAUGUACGUACAUAGAAGUAUUUCAAAAUAGUAUGAUGAACAUGAGUAUAUUUGUUUUGAAACCGGGGUUCAAGAUGCCUUUGCACGACCACCCUCAUAUGCACGGACUUUUAAAAGUUAUUGUGGGUGCUGUGAAAAUAAGGAGUUUUUCGGAAUACCCAUUGAAAGAGGCUAUGAACGAGGUGGACUUUGCUGUUAGGGCCAAACACGAAGCGGCGAGAUUAGCUCAAGGUUUUCAUAAACGUAGAAGAUUAUUCGCGAAAGUUGCACAAAACAAAGUGUGCGCCGCGAACGCAGAGACCUGUAUAUUGACCCCUACUGUAUCUAAUUUCCAUGAAAUAGAGGCAUUGGAUAUGCCAGCAGCAUUUUUUGACAUUCUCUCUCCACCUUAUGACACAUUAAUCAAGGGUAUUGGUCCAAGAAGGUGUCGCUACUACCAUGUGUCCAAUGAAGUGAGUUCUAAUGUAGUAGAAUUGCAGGAGACUGAAGCGCCAAAAUGUUUCUAUUGUGAUCAAGCACCAUACUUAGGGCCAAUUCUAUCUUAGGUACAAAUUUAUUAAGCUAAGAUGUAACAAUUUCAAGACAUAUGUGGGACAUGGUUCUAAGUGUCUUUCUUUAAAAGGAUGUAAAAUAAUCAUUUUUAAGUAAAUUAUGUUAAGAAUGAUAUGUACUUUUGGCAAUAAAUGUAAAGUAAAAGAUAUAGCUAAUUGUAGAAAAGCACACAACCAAACAUUCACAGAACCUGUUAUGGCAAGUUAUACAAUAUUUAAUAAUAUCCUAGAUCUUCUUCACCUUUACCCUUUUUUAAUCAUAACCCAUAGAAGUUUAUUGGAAAAAUUUAUACAGCCUUCUUGAUUGAAUCUGCCUGUAAAAUGUGAAUGUUUUUAAGGCAAUGUCCACCUAAGAUUUUUAAUUAUUGACUGGUUACCUAGUACAUUAAAUAUCUUUGUCUUAAUUCAUCAUCAAAGCUUUUCAAAAUUUAAAGAAAAAUAUCUAACAAUCUCAUAUUUUAUUCCAAAAUGUUGGAAUGAAAAAAUGGAAAGAAAUAAUAUUUUUAUUUAUGCCCACACCCAGCUACAUUCAUCACACUAAGCAAUAUGUCCUAAAUGUUAUUAUAAUUAAGUAUACAACUACAUAUUUCAAUUUGAUGUCUUGUUUACAAUAGUCAUACAAUUGUCUUAAAUAGAUACAUAAGCCAAGUGCAAAAUGAUGGUACUUUUGUUUUUUUUUUAAUUAAAUAACCAUACUUAAAUAUUGUUUAAACAGAGUAUUACUAUUAAGUUUACAUUGAAAUAAUGAUCAUGGUCAUUUAAAAUAAUACCAAGUAGUUAUGUUACAAAAGUAUAGAUUUAAGCUGAAUGAUUUCCUAAAUUAAUUUAUAAUUUUAUACAUAUUUCUUUAAGUAUGGUCAACUACAUGUCACUUAUCCUUCAGAGAUAACCUGUUGUUGCAAUAGGGGUGAAUAUUCACAGUGAAUUUGGGUAACUUGAUGAUAUGCUGUUGACUGUACCAUUAAUUUCUUCUUCUGUUUGUCCUUAAAACUAGUUUUUCUCAUUUUUCUACACACUUCUGCUUUAAAUGUCCUUUACUUUUUCAAAGAUCCUAAAUCAUAUAUUUUAAUUAUUGAAAGUUGUAUUGUAUAUCUAAUUCACUGAAGUAAUAAGACCUUAUUAGAAAAAUGUUGCCAUCUCACAUAACAUUGUUAUCGAUAGACUAUGUAUAUAUGGUGUAUAUAGGUAGAAUUCCUAAAAUAUUUAAUAAAUAAUGUGUACCUAUUUAUGGUUAUUAUACCAAUAUUACAUUUAUAGUGCAAAUGAUUAAGUGCCUUCUAUGUAAUUAAAUACCAAAAUAUGUUACCAUUUAAGAUAUUACUGUAAAUUUCAAAAUUAGUAUGACAUCUAAUAGGUACCAUGUUAAUCAUAGUAUUUUAUUAUAAUAGUUCAAUUAAUCAAUCUUUGAGAUUUUUUUUAAGAUGCUAGGAUAUAAUUAUGCCAAUACAAAUACAGAAAAUAAAUUUAAUGAGUAACAAUUAUGUCAAAUGUUGUUGAAGUUUGUUUAAUGUUUAUUUGUAAACUCUUUGCACUUGCACCCUUGCACAUAAAAAGAAAUAAAACAAAUUACAAAAUAGUAAUUGGAUUUAGAAGAAUUUGUACAGUGGCACUAAUCCUAAUCGGGAUUUCUUAAACUUUUCCGCGUUUUUUUUUAUUUGUACCAUUCAUUGUGUGAUUUGUAGAUUUUUAUCACAUUGAUCCGGACAUUUAAAUUUAUUCUUAACAUAGACUCAUUCUAUAGCAAGUGUUUAACCUAUCCUUUUUUUAAACUUAUAACAGAAACAGUAAAUCCUUCAAGCAUUCCUAUUGACAGCAUUUAUUACAAGUAAGUUAAAGGGUUAAAUAGUUUAUGAUAUGAAAUCAUAAUACUUAUAAGUUGAAAUACUAUGAAAGUCGCAUUUUUUUAUAAUGCACACUGUUGCUUACUUUAAAGUUGCCUGUAAACUUAACACCCUAUGGUACCUAUUUGUUUGUGUAAAGAGGGCAUGUUUAUUUGCAGGCCACUUCGUUAGUUUGCGUUUUAAUUGCAUAGUUGUAUUAAAGCCAUAAAUUUACGAGUCACAAUACUUUUAUAUUUCACUCAUGUAGAAAAAUUACCAACCGUGCAAAACUUUGAUAUUCAUCCAAGGCAUUUACAAUUGCUUGGCUUCUAAAACAGAAAUAUUAACAUUAAAAAUUGAUCUCCAAAAUUUUUUUAUAAUCACAUGUUUAAAUAUUACACACUAGUUUCAAUACUAGAUUAGAAUUACUAAAAGUGAGAUGUUUCAUUUGUUUAACUAUAAAUAUUUGGUACUGUUUAAAAUGGACUUAUUAACAUGUUAAGUAAAUAUUAUAAGUCAGUCUCUACAUAGAUUAUGGUUUUGUUCAUUAAAUGAUGACCAAUAAAAAUUAUUUUUACUUUUUUUUCACAACCUUCAGGCGCUGGAGGUAUUUAAAAGUGCACAUCCUUAAUCAGCUGUUGUAUUAAAAAAAACUUAAACAACAAAAAUAUUCUUUGUCAGUUUCCUACGUAAGUACUCUAAGUGUGUUGAACAAGGUUCGUUGCGUUAGUCCAUUAUUACGAGAUUGUUUUCAUAAUAAUCGCACUUACCAAUUCAUAACGAUUGCUCAAUAAUUUCCACGCAAACAGAUGACACAAUAGUGAGUGAGAACAUCGGUGGUCCAAUGGUUCAGGUGCCUGCUGUGCUAUCUAGGCUGACUUCGAUUAAAUUUGUCAGAGAGAUAGAAACCUUCGAAAGUAUCAUCAUCACACCUAGUUAUUUUUAUACCUAGAAAUUACCAAAAAUACUAGGUACGAAUAAAACAAAAAUAUAGUUUAUUAUUGGUUUAUUGAUUACGUUUAACAAUAGCUAAUAAAAUCACACAUUCUCAACGAUUGCACACAAGCCGAGCAAUAGAAGCUAUAUUAUAACUGAGACUACAAAAACCAUAUUCAAAUUAUAGAUCAUGGAUAGGUGCAGAUAGUUUACUAUUGCUAGUGGGCUGAUUCCAUAAGUCGGAACAAUAUAUUUUCCCUGAUUCUAUAAACAGGAGAUUUCCAAGACCUCAUGCGGGCGUAAUUACGAUCACAAGUCGUGUUUUAUCUCCUUUAGGUUUCCUGCAGAGUUAUAGUAAGAGAUAAGACAUACGCCUCGAGUUAAUAAUCCAGUUGGGCCUUUCAAUUUUUUCAUUAAUCCAGAUACAGCCUCUAUUAGACUUUUACGUAUUUUCUACAUGCUGAUUGAUGCUUUUCAUCCACCAAAGAGUAUCAAUUUCGCGCGCGUAGGAAAAGACGAAACGUAUAAAAAAUCAAAGAGGUUCAAAAUUUCAAUUUUUUCGAAUACUCCCUUAUAACAUUUACAGAAUGACACCAGCCACGAUCACAACAUGAUAUGAACUGCAUCCGAAUCUCAUCCGACCCCACUCUUCUGAGCACUUUCGCAAAUGGUCAUCACUAAAAAAUUGGUAUUUUUGUAUAUUGUCGCACUUUUUAAUCAUUAUUUCAGGAUUGGCAUAAAAAUUCCUUCAAUGUGGUAAUAAUGUUGUUAAUGAGAAAUUAAAACCCAAGUGGAAAGCGAUCGAAUCGUGAAAAUUACGAUAUGCGAAAGAACUUUUCAACUAUGACCAUUCGCGAAUGUAACAAAAUGCUUCGUCGUCGGUUUUUUUUUUUUGACAAAUUACACAGAUUUAAAUUGCUCUCUUUACAUAAAUAUUUACGCUACAAAUAGAAAAAUAGCCAAUUCCAAUAUAAUUUCUUUACACAACAGUAUCAGCACCUCAUUAUAUACCAACUUCACGCAUCUUCAAAAUUCAGACCAUUGAUAUUAAAUAAUGAAUCCCAAAACAGGAUUACAAGAAUCAGAAAUUUAAAGAGACUGUGUGUGACUGUUUUCAAAAAAUACAUUUUAAAUGAAGUUGGUACUUAAUCUUACAUCUGUUCAUUAAAUGCACACGGAAUUAAUCGUUAUCACACUUCACGAUUGCGUUAUUAUUUAUCGCAAAACAUAAAAAGAUUUUUAUGAUUUUGUAUUAGGUAUUGUGCCAAGCUUUAGGAAAAUAACGACUGCAACAUUGUUAGAACUAUAAUUAUUAGACAUUAUUGAAUAAAAAUAUUAACUUUAUAACUAUAAUCUCUCAAUGAUUUUUAUUUAAUUUUUUUUGUCCAUGGUUGAAUUAGUUUUGAAAAACCGUAACUACUUCCGGGAGCAAAGUACAUAAUUGUCUUUUUUUAACUUUUAGACAUAACAAUUCUAUUGUUUAAGAAUAAUUA